AUGUACCGAGUCGGAUUAAUUUGGGAUCCAAUCCAAUUCGACGAUGGUGAUGAAUGUGAAUGGAGGCACUAUGAAGACACCCCUCUUGUUCCCAUUUUUGAAUGCUACUAUAGAGAAGAGUUUCCCCCAUUUGUUACAAAAAAUGUUGUAUAUGGUGUAAUCGACGGAAUCGUCAUCAAAUCCGAUCACACCAGCGUACUGUUUUGGUCGAAAUCGAUGGGAUGCGCGGUUUAUCAGAAUAUUAGCGGUGACGAAUUGCCCAAAAUUGGAGACACAUUUUUCAAUUUGAUUCAGCGAAGUUUACCCGAAAGCGCCUAUGGAUUUAGCUGCUAUUAUGAAGUGAUGCACGGAAUGCAAAAUGUCACAUGGAGGAAUUUGCAAAUUUUCGCUGAUUUGGACAAUAAUAACAAUACACAGAAUGUUUAUCUUCAAGGAGCUGCAAAAUGUGUGACAUUGCGCGAAAACGGCGAACGUUUCGCAAUGCAAUAUCCCGAUAUUGGCGUGAUUUCCGAAGGCAAUCUACACCAGCAUAGCCAUCGUCUCGAAAUCGGCAAAGAAUAUGAUACGCGAUUAGUGUUUCGCCGAAAUCGCUACGGCUCAUAUGAGCCAUUCAUCGACGAAAUUUUAUUUGACGACGAUGAAGUUGCCGAUUGUCGCGUCGUGUUCGCGUCAGUUCCAUUGAACAAAUGCUACGCCAUCAAAAAUCCUUGUGGGAAGCGACAAAGGAAUGCGUCGGUGUUCAUCGAAAUCCCAUCGUCGGUCACGUUUUGCGCGUUGGGCCUCAAAUUUGGAAUUGAAUUAUUCAAGUACAAUAUGCGAGCAGUAUUAAGGCCUGGAAAUGGCACAUAUCAAUGUGUGAGCAUUCGAGAGAUUGGUCCGAAACUCAAAAAUGACGCGAGAAUUGGGCUAUUUAUUUCGCAGGCUUGUGGAUGGUAUCGCUGCCUCGCCAAUAUUGUCGAUGUCCCUUUCGAAGGUCCCGCUCGGCUGAUGUGUCCCAAAACCGGAAUGGGCUUUGUCGACACGAAGCGACUCGCGAAACCUGCGUUUAUUCGAGGAGCCUCGCAAAUUUGGAUUGACGCCCAAUUCGCUCUUGCUCCCGGAAAUAUUCCAGUGUUCGUUGUUCGACACGCUGCUUCAUCAAUCGAAGAGCUACCUCCGCGAAAUCAGCUUCCGCCGCCCGAAUCCGCUGCCGAAAUGUUUGCCGGAUGCAAUCACUUGGAUUUUAGCCGAAUUCGACACGAUGAGUCAGAAAUGUUCUACAAUGAUCCGAAUAAUGAAUACGACAGCGAUUCGGAGAAUCCGAUGGAUGAUUUGAAUGAGAGCCGAAUGGCGCCAACGUGCACGACGGCUUCGGUACGCGAUGACGUGUCGACGAUUCUUGACGAAAUCGAGAUGUCGACGAAAUACAAUCGGCGAAUCAUGGAAGUUGGGCCGUCGACGUCGAAACCAUCGUUUUUGCGCGCCAAUCGGCGCCCAAAAAUAUGCGGUGUUCGUCGAUAUCGUCACGGAAUCGACGAGGAGCAACUAUUGCAUGACAUUUGCUAUCGCUAUCUUCACCUUCGGCCAAUGUUCGUCGACAAUGAGUACAUGUUGGAGACGCUUUGGGAUCGCCAAAUUUGGGGAAACGUGAUGAUGAUGAAGAAGCGAUUUGUGCAAGUCGUUGGCGUCGAAAUGCACGAUUGCCGACAUCAUUUCGUCAAUCGACGAUGCAAAUAUGAAUGGCUUGUCAAAUUUUUUGUGAUUUCGGUUGAAGUCCACGCGAGAUUCAAGUUUGUCGUUGUGCCGUCAGGAGGCGUCUUCCCUCACCUUCCCGAUGAUUUUCAGCUUGGCCAACUCUACGAUACUAUUCAUUUGUCGUCGGCGCAAGAUCCAUUGGCCCAUCUUCAAGGAUUCUACUACAGAGGGGAGCCUUAUCUGAUCCCAUCCAACGCUCCUCAUCCAUUUUCAAAGUACACCGUGGUGAAUGAUGAAAGAGGACACUAUUGGAUCAGGUGCGAUGUAACGUGCACAAGGCCCGCGGUGAGUCCGUGCCAAUCGGAUUGUAUCGAGUUUUGGUCGAACGGCGGACUAACGGGAUUGAUUUGCGCCGAUAUGAGUAUCCUGUCAGGUCUCGAGAAGAGGAAUCCGCAAUUAUACGAUGGCUAUGAGAUUCGAUGCGCGAUCGAGCCGAUUUGCGGGAAUCCGUACUCGAUUGCCGGCUACUAUCCCCAGCGUUCGACAUUCAUUGAGAAUGAUAAUGGAAUUGUGUUGUGGCGUGUCGUCACCGAAUAUCAACACGAGAAGGAUGUCGCGGAACCGAUACUCGUGCAGCGCAACGCGCCCUACAAACCCGCCGUCGUCGCGCCGCCGACACCGUUCGCGUACGCGCCGGGCGAUUUUUCCGGCAAACUGGAAUACGAGAUUGUCGGCUACGCGGAGGAAUUGGCGCGCGAUCGCGUCGAUCGUUUGCGAGCCAACAAGGACCAUCGGGUGUUGUUUCGCGAAGGCCCAUCGCUGGGUCCGGAGUUGGCGUGCAGGAAGCUCGACGUGAACUCGUGUUGGAAGAAGACGAUCGGAAUGUACUAUGUGCUCAAUGAUAAUCUUAAACGAAUACAAGAUUUUGGGAUUUGGAGACAUUUGAGUCGGUCGGACAUUAGGCAGAAAAUUAAAAAGUAUGAAGGUAUGGAUGACAAUCUCCAUCAAUAUUGUUUUGACAAAAGGAAACGCGCAAUCGCCAACGGCUGCGAGUUUAUGAUGAAGCUGCUCAUGGAAGACGGUGUCGUUGAUGAGCUCGAGUCGCAUUCGGCCCUGCGACAGUUGCUUCUCAUAUUUGUUGAUUGUGUCUCAUCGAAUCAAUCGUUUUAUGGAAAGAAUGCGGAAAUGGGUGAAUUGAUGCAGAUCGCGACAUCAAAUGUCGUUGUUUCCAGUUCAAAUAUGCAGCCAGCAGUGUUGACGCGAAAUGUUCCGAAAAUCGUUUUCGGACAGGGUGUUCCGCUGGUGUUGGGCGAGAAAAUAUUGCUGCCCGCCGGAAUGCUUCAGAUGCAGGGACCGCUUCAACACGACGGCACGACGACGGCGGCGACGGCGAAUUGGCAAUCGUCGCAAGUCAAAGUCGCCGGCACGUUCAAUGGUCCGAUAAUGAUAUCGACCGCCGGCCAGACAAUUCAAGCGCGACCAUUAUCGAAAGCCGGCAAUUAUGAUGGUGCACCGGCGCAAGUCCGACGAGCGACGACAAAAGUUGUUCAAGCGGUUCCAUUCACGACGCGACCCGCUUCACAACAGGGCACCGGACAGCGCAAAUUGACGAGCUCACCGGCGAUGGUCACGUUGGCUCCAGUGACGUCGUUGGCCUCGUGGGUGGUGUCACCGCCGGCGGCGCAACAAGCGACAUCGUCGGAUACGCCCGAUUCGGGAAUUCAGAGUAUUGCGACGUCGCCGCCAACGCCACACAUGACGGCGCAGGAUGGAAGUGUGUGCGAGGAGAAGGAUGAAUGUUUGGAGGACUUUGCUGACAUGCCGCGAUUGCUGCCUGCCGAUCAGGAAGUCGAGGAAGAGGAAGCGUCGGAAUCGUUCCCGGGGCCGUCGACGACACUGCUUCCGCCGGCAAUUGCCGCCGCCAGCUCACAGGCGACACAGGAGAACUUCAAGGAAGACGGCGCUUCGCAUGGCUCCGAAUGCGAGACGGCGGCGGCGCCGUCGAUAUCGAUAUCGCCGUCAAUGGAUUCGGAUGAGAUUGUCAGUCGAUUAUUGGCGCUCGAUCCCGAGAAGGCGUCGGCGAUUGCGAAUUUGAUCAAGAAGAAGACGCAGAUGCCGCGAAAGCGGAAGACCGCCGAAAAAGAUGAUAGUUCGGUGUCGGCGGCGAAACCGAAAAAAUUGAGGAAUGGAAAGAAUGGAAGCGCGAGCGGCUCGUUGAAAUCGACCGCGUCGACUAGUUGCGCGAUAGCCACGAGGAGUCGCAGUCCGUGCCGCGAAAAACUUCCGAUCUCGUUGAUGACCGAUCAAGAGGAGUUUGAAGUUACCGAAGAGGCGUCACCGCCGGCGCCGCCGAAGCCGCCUGCCAAGAAGCGGCCAGCGACACCGGUCAAACCCGACGCGGAGAUCUCGAAAGAAGACAUGGAGAUCAAGUAUCGACUAGCUGUUCAGAAGAGGAUUGAGGAAGCGAUGGCUCGCGAACUCGAAGGCUGCAUUGAGGAUUUGGGACGAUGCCAUAUUGGAAGCUAUCCGAUUAGCCGAUCGAAUCAACACAAGAAAGGCCAUCAGCAAUCAUUUGUGAAAUCAUUGGAGCACGUGAAACACAAGCUCGAGAAGCGCGCUCGGCGAGAAUCGCGAGCGCAAAAGAUUCGCGCCAUCUCGAGGCGGUCUCGAUGCGAAACUCCACAAUCGGAAGAGCCGAUCGCUGGGCAUUUCAACGGCGAGUACGAGGAGAUUCCGAGAAGUGUCGCCGGAUCGAGUGAGGUCUAUCAAUAUUGGAAAGCGCCAACGCUGGUGUGCGGCUGUACGAAGGGCGCGUGCACUUCGGACGUCGAAUGUGUGAAUCGGGCGAUGCGGGUGCAAUGCUCGGCGGAAUGCUCGUUGACACUUUGCGCCAACAAGAAAUUCUGGAAGGAGGACACGUCGAAGUUGUGCAUCUCGAAUGGUCCGAAAUCGAAGAGAUGCUUGAAGACGCGAGGCGCGCGACGCGCCGGCGAACUACUUUGCGAGUACGCCGGCGAGGUGAUCACAAGUCGUGAAGCGAUCGCGCGCGCCGCGUUGACGCCGUCGGAGGCGCGAAUUUUGUGCAUCGGCGCGAAUCUGUUCGUCGACGCCACCAACAAGGGCAAUCACGGACGAUUCGUGAAGCACCACUGUCGGCCGAAUUCGCGUCUCGAGAUCUGGUCGAUCAACGGCUACUAUCGCGCCGGCAUUUUUGCGCUCUACGACAUCGCGUCGGGCUGCGAGAUCACCAUCGACAAGAGCGGACUGGUGCCGCAGGCGAUCGUGUGCCAGUGCGGAAGUUCGAAUUGUUGCAAAAUUGUGCGGCCGUCGCGUCACGCCCACAUCAUGGCGAACUCAAUCGGCGAGGGUGUCAAGACGCGACGAUUCUUGUCGCGAAAUCGCCGCCAGACGAUUCGACGCGUCGGCCGAAGCAGCGGAUUGCCGAGAAGUCUGAGUUGCGACGGACCGUCGGAAUGCGUAAAGACAUCGAUGAAGCGCGUGUUCGACGCGGUCGCGUAUCGAGUUCGCAACAUUGACGGCUCAUUGCGGCUCAAAUUCGUGCCGGGAUACACUGCAAUCAAGGCGUUCCUGAAAUCGGGAAGCGGCGAUAUCGAAGAGUUUGACAAACUUGUGCAGAAGUGGCUGAAUGUCGUCAACGAUGAUGAUAUUGAUCGAUCGUACAUCGCAAUCAAAGAUCGUUGGUUCAAACAUUUCAUUCAACCGAUCGGCGAGAAGAAGAGAAGGCAACGCAACUCGUCGACGUCGGCAAUCACACCGGUGACGCCGUCGAAGAAGCUUGAUGCCGAUCUCUCGUAUUUGGAUUCGGCGUAUCCGAUUGGUAGCUAUGAUCCCGAUGAUGCUUGGACGUCCUACACGGCGAAUGCCAACGACAAUGCGGUGCGUUGCGUGUGCGGCGCGCUCGACGAGGACGGCGAAAUGGUGCAAUGCGAUGAUUGCCAUUUUUGGCUUCACAUUGAUUGCGUCGCCGGCUACAAUCCCGACGCCGACUAUGUCUGCGAGUUUUGCACUCAACACUUUCAUCGGCCGUCGCGAGAUGUUCGACUUCAGCCGCAACCCGAUGUUCGCUUCGAGGGUUGCGACUAUUUCAAGGCGCUCGUGAAUCGGCGAGGCAUUCAGGUUCGAUUAAACGAGACGGUCUAUGUGAACAAGAAGAUUUCCGACGAGCACAAAAGUCUACUUCGCAACUUGAAGGAGGAGGACAAUAAGAAGAAGAAGAGCCAUCGGAAGAAGGAGAAAGACGACGUCGUGGUGUUUCCAAAGGCGUCGACAAAAAAAUUGGCGAUCGAGAGAAUUGAUCGAAAGGACGCUCGAAUCUUCCGCGUCGAGCGCCUCUUCACCACACCCGGCGAUCAUCGAUUCGUUUUUGGCUCGUACUACGCGUGGCCGCACGAGACGUUUGUCGACACCCAACGAAUGUUCAGCACCAGCGAGGUGUUUCCGACGCCGUUGUACGACACGCUGCCGCUCGAUGAGGUCAUCGGACGGUGUAUGGUUGUCGAUGUCGAGACAUGGGUGUCGGGACGGCCGAAAGUGCCGUCGUUCAAAGACGAGGACGUGUUCUUUUGCGAGUUUCAGCUCGCGAAAAAUCAGCGCUGCUUCGAGAAGGUGCCGCCUAAGAAUCGCUAUCCGAUCAACACGCAAUCGUACGUGUUCGACAAAUUCCGAAAGUCGCUACCCGUCGUGCGCAACUUCAAGCCGUACGAGCGCACGACGCCGUCGGGACGAGCGACGCGCGUCGAACAGCUUUCGCCGUAUUCGCGAGAAACGGCGAAAGAGCGAGAAUUGGUGAAAAAGGCCGCCAAAAAGAAUCUUGAGAAAAUAAUUGAAAAGAUGAAAUCGAAUCGUUAA